AUGGAAGGUCUCAUGGACAUACAGCCAGUGCCAUCACAACGGAACACCCGAGCCCUACGGCGUUUAUACGACACUCUACAGGCGCACUUCGGAGGCCUUAGAGCGUUAGGGGUGGGCGAAGAGGCGUAUGGGGCUAUGCUCUACACAGUUCUUUCGCGUGUGCUACCGAAAGAUGUCACUCUCGAUUUCAACCGGAAGAUGUCGGCGGAGGAGUCGGGGAAUGCCAAUGCCGCAAGGGUAUCAAUGACGGACGCCAGUUUGGAAUCCGCCACACAGCAAGUCCACCUGAGGGCUCUGCGGUUUCUCCUCGACUUUCUACGCAUCGAGGUGGAGAGCCGCGAAAGGACACCAAAACGCCAGCUGGAAGACUUCGUCGGUAAGCCCAGACCUCCUUCUCUGACGCAUGACUCUGUGAAGAGGUCAACGAUCAACGCUCAGACUCGCAGCUCUACCGCGGCGGCACUGCACGGCAGCGUGGACGGCUUAGAGUGCUUCCUUUGCAAAUCAAAAGCGCACGGAACACCGGAAUGUAACGCAAGAAUCGGGCUAGCGGAGAAGAAGCGUAGGUUGCAAGCAGACUGGAGGUGCUUCCGCUGCACGAAGGCCAAUCACAUGGCAAGAUUAUGUCGAGGAGCACCCAGCUGCGGCAAAUGUCAAGGCAGGCACGCGUGCACCAUGUGCGACCCAAAUUACGCGCCGGGAAAAACGUCCACCAGAUCGAAUGAGACGGAACCGAAGGAACCAGCACCGGUCGCUAUGCAUGUACAUGGUAGGAACAGCAAUCCGGCAGUGCUCCUACAAACGGUUACUACGUGGGCAGAAGGUACAAACAGAAGAAAGCUUGCCCAUAUUAUCUUCGACAGCGGCAGUCAGCGCUCCUUCAUAACUGAAGAACUGUCUCAGCGACUGGACUGCAAAUUGCUCGGGACAGAGAUCCUCACAAUAGGCGUGUUCAGGGGCGAAAGCACUGAGCGUACGUUUCGCAGGGUUCAAGUAACUUUGCGAGACCAACUCUACAACAAAAGAUAUGACAUCGACGCUCUCGAUACACCUACCAUAUGUGAUUAG